GCCAGAUGGCGAAAAGAUCUGUCUCGUGUUGUCACAAUACGCAGCUUCGUUUUAUUUUUCCGAAUCAAUUUUAGAUUAUUUUCUAAUAUUUGUGACCUUUAUUGCUUUAACAUAUAGAUUUAUUAUUUGGCAAUCACUCACGGCAUGCUACUCAUGCGGGGAGCGACAUCUGAUUUAAAAGUUAUGGCCGAAUCGGUUGAUUCGGUCGGACAUGCAGUGUCUCGGUCUACGGCUACUACCGAAUCUAGCUUCAAAAAAACGAACAAGAAUCUACCGGCCAGCAAGAAUAACAACAAGACAAGUGAUAAUUUCAAGUCUCAAUCGCCAUCAGAAGAUAAAGCCAUUCAGUAUGGAGGACUUCCUUGUGAAACUGAUCACAUGUAUCACACAAACUUUACUGACGACUCCAGUAAAUAUCGGGAACUUGCCAAUGAAGUUGCCAACCUGAAAGCACUAGUUUUAUUCCACUUGGAUCUCAUCCAACAGCAAUCUGAAUGCAAUGCAGCAAAAGACAAACAGCUAUCUGCUUUGAAACAUGAAAAUGAAAUGUUGCAACAAAAACUGGAAAGGAUGGAGAGAAGAGUUCAGUUGCAAACUUCAAAACAAAAGAAUGAAGUUGUAGUAGAGGAUAACCUUCCAACUGGUAAAGUUACAGAUCCUCUGAUGCAUCAAAGUGGAAGUGCAGUUGUUGGCAACAUGAUGGCAACUCGAACACAAUCCAAAGUUUCAGGUACCUCUUCAGUACCUCACACUCCUGAACAACAACAAUCCUUCCCAAACUGUGACAAACUUCCCACAGUUGAAGAAAUUCCCAGAAAACGGAUCAAAACCUUGCUACCAGUGAGAACGAAACCCUGCCCAAGUCCACCUCCGGCCAAACGAAGAAGAACGACUAAAUCAUUAGAGUCUUCAGAAUCUGAAGAUCAAAAACCUGUAGCUCUUCCUAAUGAUAACAUUCUCGACGAUUUAAUCAAUCAAGCUGUCGAAGAAGGUGCCAUCAUCAACCUGAAUGACUCAAAUGUUCCUAGUGAUCAUAUUAUUGAAGCAAAAGUUGUUUUGGAACCUUGUUCUUUACCUUCACUGCCUGUUGAAAAGGAAUCGUCUCCAUCAGAACUUGGUGUAUUGGAUGCCCCCAUCCACCCGGAACACAAACGGAUUCAAGAGUGCCUGGCUCAAAAGCUCCCUAUUCGUGAAUCCACUCACCUAAAGAAAGAAGUAAUAUUGAUUACGGAAGAACCUUAUUUGACUCACCUCGGUGAAUCGUUUAGAGAACCGGAAGUUGUAACAAACGAAGCUCUAGUGGAGGUUCCUCGUUGGAUUAUCAAACCUUUAUCAGGACGAACAGCUGCUCACGGAAUCGAGAACCUUGACGACGAAGUCUUUUCCAAACGCCACCUCAAACAUGAAGUGGAUGAGAAGAGAAGAAAACGGUGGGAUCUGCAAAGGUUCCGCGAACAGCGCCGAUAUGAGAAGCUUCGAGCCCGUUACGAAGGUGAAGACCGGUCGCAGGAUCGAGUUCGAACCCAAGCCCCCGCGGAACUCUCUACUACUACCUCUGGCACUCAGUGCCGCACAUUGUGGGCCGAGCCGGAAGAUGUCACCCACAUCCAAGUGGAACCUUGGCUUCCAGUUUCGGUCUUUGGCAUUCCCUUGCCAAACAUCGGUCCAGCAGAUUUUCAAUUGCCGUGGAGUAGUAGCCGGUCGGGCGAUUUACAGGAACCAUUAACCAAGAGACGUCAACGUCGUUCCUAUAAAGGGGAAUAAUGAGAAAAGUACUACAAUGAAUUUCACUUCCUUUCCGACAGCACCGACCAUUGAAUUGUUGUUUUAUUAUUUUUUUUUUACCGACGAAAAUUGUAUACACGACAUGACCAUUUCGAGAAGAAAAAGAAAACAAACAAACGACAGGCUCAAUCUUACACGUACAUUUUUGAGAAUAUGAAAUUAAUUUUUUUCACUUCGUGCAGAACAGGUUUACCUUCGUUUCCCGACACACAAUUCUUGUUUGUUUACAAGAAAAAUUAUACUUGACCGAUAUUCUAGCCUUGUUUGUUUGUCCACACAUCUUUGUGUAAAAUUCGUUUCCUUUUUUGUAUUCCAAUGUUUUCCACUUUAUUUUGUGAACGGCCAAACAAAAUUGUUUCAUUGAAAUUUUUUUUGAUAAAACAAAAGAAAAAUGAAAUGACACGACUGUGUUGGAAACGAU